GGAUGGGCCCAUGUUGCCCGCAUGGGUAGCUAAUUAGAACACAGAAUUCGCUUCAUAUUACUUACGGGCGCUGCCAGCCAUAUACAAUAACAUUCACUAUAAGAUAUAUUUGGGUUUUUUUCUCUCUUUUUGCAGAGAUUGCCUUCAACUUUAGUCAUUGCCGAUACAGGUUUUCCAUGCCGCUACUCGAGUGGCCCACUGCAGUCGACAGAAUGUGGUACAGCUUUGACGUCGCCAGAGCUCACUUCAUCGCGUACGUCAUUUCAUGUGGAAGUUCCCUAUCGUUCCGGUCCAUCCCCUCUAAUCCAGUAGGUACCAAAACUCUUACUGANGAUAAUUCUAUGAUAAAGGAGAGUGAGCACUUGGAGCCGUUAUUUUUCCAGUACGGUGUAGACAUAAUCAUCGAAGCGCAUGAGCACUCGUACGAACGCCUCUGGCCAGUGUUCAACGACGUAGUAACGGCUUACAACUACAGCAAUCCAAAGGCCCCAGUCCACCUGAUAUCGGGUGCGGCAGGCUGCAACGAGGCUUAUGGAAUAUGCGUGACUCCCAUGCUGGGACCAAGAGGUCCUUGGUCCGCCUUCCGCGAGUGGUUCCCAGGCAACGCCGGUUACGGUAAACUAAGGAUUGAGAACUCAACUCAUGUGUACUGGGAACAAAUCAGAGCUUAUGAUGGUUCGGUCAUAGACAGUAUAUGGAUAAAACAGGAACACCACGGACCGUUUAAACUCUUGGAUCCUCGGUUAUAGUAUGAGACACAACGUAACAGCACAAAGUGUAGGGCAGGGUAUAUUCACCAAAACAUUUCGCUGAAAUGCUACUUUGCAUGGAAUCGUUCAAUAUGAGGUUUCAUUCAACGCCUCUUUUUGGAACUUAAAAUUUUGUUUAUUCCAAAACACACACUACAACGUUCAUAAUUUUAACGCCCCAUUCAACAUGAUUUUUUUUAUAGAUAUCGAAGUUUUUAUUCUUUAAACAUCUAUCGUAAUGAAACAUUUAAGUAGUAUUGUAUCAAACUGUGGCCCCAACAGUCUAGUGGGUAGUGUCAGAUUGAACAAAAAAAAAAUUUCUAAUUUAGGACUGCAAUCUCGAACUGACGCGGUCAUGUACGGGACUUUUAUUGUAAGAUUUGAAGUUUUACCAUAUAUUAGAUUCUCUUUCGGCUUCGUCUAUGUUGAUAAACAGCAUUUCAUCGCCUUUGGACACCACUGUGCAGGCGUUUGAUAUUUUUUAGAUAUUUUAAGAUGUGAUUGCGGUUUUGUUUCAAUGUGUGUCGGUGGGUAAGGGUAGCAUUUUCAAUUCAAAUAAGGGAUGGGUCUUCCAGAUGAGUCUCUUAAUAUAGUUUGGUGUGAGACAAAUAACAUUUCAAAUUUUUUUUAAUCCAUUUUUACUGCAAGUGACUUUUUUUAAAAAGCUAAUAAACUAGUAUUUUUUGUAUUUUUUAUUUGCUGUAUUGAUUUGGACCGUUUUGAACCCACGUUUUUACGAUGUUUCAUCAUAAAUUUCUUCUGAGAUCUCAGUUGUGAUUUUAUGUCUAAACGCCUUGUCCUCUGGCUGCAAAUAAAUGCAGAAGUUUGCAACGUGUGGCUUUGCAAUCCUAUUUUGAAAGGAAGUAUGAUUCAGAAAUUUAUCCAGAAUUAAUUGAAGUUUACUGUCCUUUAAGCGAUCUAAAACGCAUGUAAAAUUCAUUUCAUUUUUUGUUCAGUAAAUA